AUGGGUCUUGACUCGCUCCAGACACUUCAGCUGUCCAAGAUCCUGCAAGGGACCGUUCUUUUUCUUCGACCGGAGGGUGCUUCGCUGUCGAUUCCUACCCAGAAGCUGGACUCAUAUCCAUCUGUUGGGCAGCUCUCAAACUACUUCUACGGCCUCGCAAACGACGGGAGCGUUGGUGCAGAACUAAACGUCGAGAACGGUUCAGCAAGAUCCGAAAGAAUUACCGCCCUCAUUGAGGAAUACACCAAGGAUCUGCCAGGAAAUCAGGUCAGCACAUUCAACUGGGACUGCCAACACGUAGCUAUUUUGACUGGAUCGACCGGCUCUCUGGGCAACUACAUCCUCAGCGAACUGAUUUCCGACCCGGCUGACUCCAAGAUCUACUGCGUUAUAGCGAGGUUUUACAGUAUUGGCAAGUUAUUUUACAAGAUAAGAUAA